UUUUGUUUACAUCAUGGAGGAUGGAGUUCACAAAAGCGAAGUGUCGAUAACUAAAACAGCUUUAAAUCCAAAAAGAAAUAGCUCCGUGCCUGAACGAACUGGUCAUGUUUCAGUUUUAGCAGAAAAGUACAUGAUAAUAUGGGGAGGGUAUAAUGAUGAUUAUGAUCCAUUUCACUUAGCAUAUCUUCCACCGGACAUCCUUUGGAUUUAUGAUACAGAGUUUAAAGUUUGGUUUGUAAGUAAAAGUAGAGAUGCCAUUCCCAUCGCAGCGUCUGGAUGUACGGCCUGUUCACAGGAAGGUUGUAUGUACAUGUUUGGUGGUCAUGCUAGCCAUGGUUAUCUGAAUACACUAUAUAAACUUGACCUGAACAGCCUGCAGUGGGAGGCUGUGUUUCCUGUGUCCAGCAGUCUUGCACCAAGCCCACGAGACAAAGCUGUGUCGUGGUUCUACGAGAACAAAUUUUAUACCUUUGGUGGAUAUGGAAUUCGUGAUUACUCCAGAGACAGCAUGUAUUUAGAAGAACAUAAUACUGAGUCAUUUUUCCAACAUGACACAUCUGAACACAGUCAUAAAGGAUGGAACAAUCAACUGUGUAUAUUUAACUUUAACACAAUGGAAUGGAGUCUGGCUGAGUCAAAGGGACAAAGGCCCUCUGCAAGGGCAGCCCAUUCAGCUGUGAGGUUUGGCGGGAAGGUUUAUAUAUUUGGUGGCCGACACCAGAACAUCCGACUGAAUGAUUUACAUUGUCUGGAUCUGGAUACACAGACCUGGAGCGGCUGCUUGCAUGUAAGUAGUGAACAGCCUGAGGGCAGGUCUUGGCACACGUCCACUGCAGUGUCCAGUUCUCAGAUGUUCUUGUAUGGAGGUUUCAACACUAACUGUGUGCCCCUUAGUGAUGCAUGGCUUCUAGAUAUAGGGUCACUACAAUGGACACAGCUUUCUCACUUUCCAACAAACCAGCCACGACUUUGGCACACAGCAUGCGUCACACAGGAAAAGGAAGUUAUUGUUUUUGGAGGGUGCGACAAUAAUAUACUAGACAAUGAGGAAGAAAGUCAAGUGGAUCACAGAAAUGAUAUACUGUUGUUUCAGUUACAACCCUACUCACUGACUAGACUGUGCAUGGAAUAUGUGUACCGACAUCGCAUGCAGUUAGGUGGACAGUGGGAUUUGUUGCCGCGACCAUUCAGUGACUGGUUACAUAGGAAGGAAGAACUGGACAUUCAGAUACUAAUGUCAUCAGACUCCAGUUCAGAUUCUGAUAAUGACAGUACACAUCGGUCAAGUGGCCAGACUUGUGUUGUGUCCUAGUCCACUCUACUCUUAAUCAAAUAUUAAUACAAAACGGCAGUGAUGAACCAGAAUGCAAAUAGUGUGAUAUUCAGAUACAAUCGGUUACACUUCAUUGAUGCUCUGAACUUUGAUCACAAUCAUGAUAACCAUGUUAUGUCUUUGACCUUUUUGAGGGCAAGUUGAUCCAUGGGGUUAAACCAAUCUGUUGUCACAGAACAAGUGUACAAAAUAUAUUAAUUCAUACACAUA